UGUCGAGAAGACAAACGACCGGGAUUAUGAAGUCGAGGAGAGGUGAGAAGCGACGAGGUGGACACAAUACAAACCGGCGCCGUUGUUAAUUUUCCCAAUAGGCGAUUUAGGACGAUGGAGGCGGCAUCGUUGCGGUUACAGAAAGAGGCAAAGGGGUACUUGGAUUCAUUACGAGGCAUGGAUAUUGACAGCUUGCCAGCAAGGGAUUCGGGUGCUGACUCGCAGGAAUAUAGCAAUGACGGCCUCACAAAUGCGCAUCGCCGAAACGAUCGACGCCUUCUACGGAGACUCCGGCGCUAAGGACGGCGUGAGCCGAAGCUACAAGCAAGCGGUGGAGGACCUCGACGCCGAGACCAUCAAGGCCCUGGACGGGCCAUAUCGGACAACCGUUCUAGAGCCCAUCUCGAGGUUCUGCGCCUACUUCCCCGAUGUAAACGAAUGCAUAAAGAAGCGCGGCCACAAACUCCUUGACUACGACGCCCUUCGCGCCAAGGUCAAGAAACUGGUGGAGAAGCCCGACAAGGACGUGACGAAGCUCCCGCGGGCCGAGAAGGAGAUGGAGAUGGCCAAGGCGGCGUACGAGCAGCUAAACGAACAAUUGUGCUCGGAGCUGCCGCAGCUAAUCGAUUUGCGGGUCCCCUACCUGGACCCGUCCUUCGAAGCGCUCGUCAAGAUCCAGCUGCGCUUCUGUGCCGAGGCCUAUAGCCGCAUGGCUCAGGUGCAGCAAUACCUUGACCCUGAUACUCGCGAGCAGUAUGCCCAAGGGCAGUUGGAUAGCAGGGUUGAGCAGGUGCUGCAGGAGAUAAGGGAGUUGAGCAUCAGCGGGACGGUUUGAGCUGGCCCUGGCACAGGUUGGAGAGGGUAGACAUUCCGACCGGAAGGGGAGGGUUGGAAGAUGGUAGGAUCAUGCUUCACGGCGUACGCGGGUUGGUGAUUGGUUACUCUUCAAGGGUCUUCGGUUUACCCACGGCAUGCAAUUGAUGAUGCCCAUCGCACAUAGACGCGAGGCGUAUCUGACGAAUAUAUCCCUUAUGC